AAUGAAAGCCGUCCAUUCCAGUUGAGUUGUUUAUCGCGAUUUAGGAGGAUGAGGUGGUGCUUAACCUCUUCGUCUCACUCUCACGCUUCGAUUUCGAUUUCUCUUGCGCCUAACUCCAAUCUCAGACAUGUGUUUCGCCGUACACGACUCAGUUCUACAAGUCUCCGAAUUCGCGCGACUUCUGACCCAGUGGAGGCUGCCGAGGAGGAACUUAGACUCGAAACCGAUAAACCGGAAUCUCCUCUCACUUCCUCGUCCUCUUCGCCGUCUGCACUCGGCAAAGACUUGAAAAAGGUCGUUAACAAGACUGCAGCGACCUUUGCCCCAAGGGCGUCCACCGCCAGUAAAAACCCAGCUGUCCCUGGAACCACUCUUUACAAAGUGUUUGAGGUUCAAGGAUAUGCAUCAAUGUUGGUGGGAGGGGUUCUUUCUUUCAACCUCCUCUUUCCCUCCAACGAACCUGACAUAUGGAGGUUGAUGGGGAUGUGGUCUAUUUGGAUGUUCACUAUUCCUUCUCUUCGUGCUCGAGACUGUCCAAGUAAAGAGAAAGAGGCUCUUAACUAUCUUUUUCUGAUCAUCCCCUUACUCAAUGUUGCUAUACCCUUCUUUUGGAAAUCUUUUCCUCUUGUCUGGUCUGCUGACACAGUUGCCUUCUUUGCAAUGUAUGCCUGGAAGCUCGGAUGGCUAGAAAGAACAGAGUAGAGAUAGAGUUACUCGUGAUGGGAUUACUGAACGAAGAAGAUUCUUUGUCUUCGCGAGCAUAUCGAAUAUUCAAGGUACCUGGGUUUAAGGCAAACGAAUUUGAACAUUGCUCUACAAGGAAAUAUGAGCAAUCCCCUUAAGGAAUAUUCUUGUAAAUCAUAGAUUUCUGAGAUGGAUAACUUUUUCUCAAAAAUACAAGUGCGAGUACAUAUACAUUAUCUUAUCAAGAAUGCAGCUGGUAAUUUUUUUUUAAAAAAUAAAGAAUUAUGAGCUAUAUGGAUAACUCAU